AAUUAUGGUCGUCAACAAACUGAUGGUUGCAUAGCCACGUGGCAUCUCUCAAGGUCCACAACAGUGCAGUGUAGAUACUUGUACUCGUAGACAUGUCUUCGUGUGUCCCCUGCCUCUGCUGGGUAAUAAAGGGAGCAGCCAAGGAGGUCCCAGACAAGGUGAAGCUCUCUAAAGAGGAGGUGCAGGGCUUGUUACAGCAUGCACAGGAUGAGCUCAAAGACAUGGGACUGAGUGAUAGGGUGACUCUGGAUGUGGGAUCAGGAGACGAGGAGGCUAACGACGACGACAGCAGUUGCCAUGACAAUGAGAAGGACGAGGGCAUUGAGUCGCUCUAUGACUUGGAGAACUAUGACAAUGACAAAGGUGAGUCCAUGUCUGGAGCUGGCAUGGGUAACAGUCUCUCUGGUCUGGCCUACUUUGCUUCCAAUGAGGACGACCCUUACAUCACCCUCAAGAGUGUGGCGGCCCAGGAUGAUGAUACUGAUGACUACAGGGUCUUACCCUCGGACAAUCUACUGGUAGUGGGUAGGGCAGAGGAGGACUUCAGUAGUCUAGAGGUUCAUGUCUACAGUGAGGGUGAUGACCACGCCUACAGUCAUCACGAGGUAUUGUUGACCGCCUUUCCCCUCGCACUCGAGUGGAUGGACUUUGACCCUGAGCAACCUGACAAGAAAGGUAACUACGUUGCCGUGGGAAGCAUGUCUCCAGUGAUAGAGGUGUGGGAUCUGGACGUUGUGGAUAGUUUGGAGCCGGUGUUUGUGCUGGGUGACCCGGCUCGACUGGUAGCAGGGCAGAUGAUGAGUGAUAAGGUGGCAGCAAAGAAAGACAAGAAGAAAGGCAAAAAUAAGUCCUCCCUGCCAGCCGAGCCAGCGGACGGUCACAGUGAUGCUGUGUUGGGGCUCUCCUGGAACCACCUGGUACGCAAUGUGCUGGCGAGUGCCAGUGCUGAUUGCACUGUGAGAGUGUGGGAUAUGAGCUGGCCUCGCAGUGUUCUCAAGCUCAAGCACAAGGAUAAGGUUCAGAGUGUGCAGUGGCAUCCCUACUCUCCCGAGCUGCUGGCUACCGGAGGCUACGACAAACAUGUUCAUCUGUACAACUGCAAAGGUUCAGAGAAACCUGUGAGGAGUUGGAAUGUGAAGGGUGAAGUUGAGAAGUUGGUUUGGAACCACUUGAAACCAGAGCAGCUGUUGGCCGCCACUGACAAGAGCACAGUGUGGUGUCUGGACAGAGACGAUGGAUCUGUACUGUUCCAGAUACACGCUCACACAGGCCCUAUCACAGCGCUGUGUCUGAGUCCACUGGUUCCUGGUCUCCUAGUGACUGGUAGUGCUGACGACUCUCUCAAGUUCUGGGACAUUCUGGACUGCAAGCCAACCUUUCUCUUCAACAGGGACAUGCACAUGGGAGCAGUACAUUGUGCUCAGUUCUGUGUGGACACUCCGUACACCCUGGCAGUGGGUGGGGAGAAAAAUGGCUUCCACAUCAUUGACGCCAGCCGACUGCUACCAGUGACCCAGCGGUUCAAGAAGAGAGGCUUCAUGGUCCCAACUGAUGGCUCUCCAACUGAUAGCUCUCAGGACGUACCAGUGACAUCUGCCUCUGAGGAUGGCCACACCACUGAGGAAACUGAGGAAUCUGCUGACCAAGAUAUGAUCGGAGAAGCCAUGGAGACAGAAGAAGACCCAAAGCCAAAACCACAGCAGAGAACUCUUGCUAGCUUUAGUAAAAGUGAACAGACUAUUAAACCCAGUAAGAAAAUAGGCUCAAAGAGAGUGUCUAAGUCUAAACUAAAGCGUAAACAGUAAUAGUUUUGUAUUAUCACUUAAUAAUAAAUUAUUCUGUUUUCAUAA